UCGUGACUUGUCGACACCUGAGCUGUACCUGUGUUUAACCUCAGAGCGUCACACGUCGGUCUGUGUGACCUGAUGUGACCUCUGUGGGCCGAGGGAGGGCGUGACGUGUGAUUGAGGAGGAGACUAGGAGCAGAUUAUCACACUGAGCUACAAGCUAUUCACCAGCAACAAGCCACAGAGACAGACAUGGGCAGCAAACUCACUAAGACUCAGUCAAAGGAGUCAGACCUCAGGAUUGUGCUUGUUGGGAAAACUGGAGCUGGGAAAAGUUCAACAGGAAACACCAUCUUAAAGAAGAAGGUUUUUCAAUUCGAGAUGUCUUCUUCUUCAGUGACAGUAAAGUGUCUGAAGAAAACAGCAGAGUUUGAUGGUCAAACAGUGGCGGUUGUUGAUACUCCAGGUCUGUUUGACACUGAUAAAACCCAAGAGGAGGUGAAAAAGGAAAUCACGAAAUCCAUCUCAUUGGCUGCUCCAGGUCCUCAUGUGUUCCUGGUCGUGCUCCAGCCGGGUAAAUUCACAAAAGAAGAACGAGAAACAGUGAAAAUCAUUCAGAUGGUGUUUGGAAAAGAGGCAGCAUCUUACACCAUGGUCUUGUUCACCCGUGGAGACCAGCUGGAGAAGGACAGAGUCUCCAUAGAAGAUUUCAUUGGUCAAAAUAAGACUCUCAGUGAGUUCCUCGGUCAGUGCCUUGGAGGAUACCACGUUUUCAACAACAGAAAGAAGAAUCCGUCUCAAGUCCGUGAGCUGCUGAAGAAGAUCAACACCAUGGUUCAGAGAAAUGGAGGAAGCUACUACACCAACAAAAUGUUCCAAGAGGCUGAAAGAGCCAUAAGAGAAGAAAUGGAACGUCUUCAGAAAGAAAAUCCAGAUAUGGAGCCUGAUGAGGCGAGAAGAAGGGCAGAGGAAGAUAACCCCUUUACACGGGCCGUUCUACAGGGGGUUUCAUUUGGAGCAAGUUUCGGAGCCGCUGCUGGAUCCGUGGGAGGUCGAAUGGGAAGUGCCCUGGGAGCUGCAGUGGGGGCUGCAGUGGGGGCUGCGGUGGGGGCUAUAACUGGAGCAGUAAAAACUAAUGCAUGUGCUACACAGUGAUAUUUUUUAUUAUAAUAUAUAAUUAGCGAUCAUCAGCAGUUCAUUACAACAAUAUUAACAUGAUAUAAAGGGAAAAUAAUCAUGGUAACUGUGUGUAACUUUGAUUUGAUCACAUCUCGUUUAUUUUUCUGCUUCUGUUCUUGAACGCAUCAUCUUCACCAGCAGGUAGUUUUCUGCUAAUGUUAGAGAUCAUCAGCAUUUUAGUUUCAAUAAUCAUUAUUCAUUAUUCAACAUGUGAUUAAAGAGACACUGGUGAUCUCUUCAGUCCAAAACAAUCCACCUCAUAUUCUGUAAUAUGUGAUUUAAAGUCACAGAAGAAUCUGGACGCAUUGCACUUAAUUAAUUAAUUAAUAAACCUAUAAAGAGAAAGUCCUUUAAGCUUAUUGGUGCUAUUAACUCUUGUUCUAUAUUUUUCAGUGAAGAAACUUUGUCCUCCUCCAAUAACUAAAACUCUAUAAUACAACUGCCCAGUGAUACAGUUUGAAAUUUGGACAUCACUUCCCAUUGGAUUUUAUAUUGUGUUGUUUACCGUUCCAAACAUAGCUUCAUAGUAAUGAGUCCAGUUUUUGUCAAGACGUUCACUUUGAUGUGACGACAUAUGACCUGUGGCUGAUGAUGGCAAGUGUUUCCAUCUAUUAUUAUCUUCUAUUUUGUCAAAGUUAAAGAGCAGUUUGUUUCAGCCACAGACGACAGGGAAGUACCAACUUCAAUACCCAAGUAGAGGACUUCAUUUGUCACUUUAUCUGAAGAAGGAGCGACACCUUAUUUUUGUCUACAUUAAUCAGCAUCAGUACUGAUUUUAGCAGAUUAACUUUGUAUCCUGAAAGAUUUUCAGAUUACUCUAGUGUUUUUAAAACAUAGGGGAGAGUUUGUUGAACAUCUACCACAUAAACUAAUGUGUCGUCAGCAUAAAGUGAUAUCAAAUGUGAUGUUGCGCCUAAUGUAAGAUCUGAGAGUUUCUCAUUAAUUGUACCAAUGGGUCGAUAGAUAUGGUAAAGGCUAAUCAUUUUCCCAACUACUGUGUCAACACUAUUGAUUUCAGAAAAUAUCUUGAGGUCGGCAUUUAUCAAUGAGAUUAAAUGGUAACUGGGACAUUCCAAGACAUCCUUAUGGCCUUAGGUAUAACUGUGAUCAGGGCUGUGUUUAGAUCUUUAUGGAAAGCACCACUUUCAACGGAAUAAUGUAACGUUUCUAACCUCACUCGUCCAAGAAUAUAUAAGUAAAUUCCAGAGGUAUCCCACCUACGUCUGAUGUAUGGCCCUCAUUUGAAGCUUUGGCUGCUCAUCCAGUGUAUUAGGAGAGUUUAGCAUUUGAAUACAGUUUUACUUUUUGAAUAUCUUGUUUAUUUCCUUCAUUGAUGAUGGUACUCCAUGUGCCUUGUUUCUUAAUAAAUCCUUAUUUUGAGUUCAUUUUCUUUUGUUAUGGUGUAUCCCCUUGUGAGAUCAUGCAGAAUACCUGUUUUUAGUGGCACCAAAAAAAAAAUCUUCCUAUAAAAAUGUUUUGAAAUAUCAAUAACAAUCAAAUAUCAAUAAUAUCUUCAUGUUGCUUAUCGAUACAUUCAAUCUUAUUCAAUCUGUUCAUGAUCCCAUCUAUCAGAGACAAUAGUGUUGAUCUCUUUCCUGUGUUGUGCCCUGAUGCAAGAAAUCAAGGCAGAACCUGGAAGUCUGAUCCCAUCACUCCUAUCCUGAACUGCCUGCACGUGCACACUACAGCUGAUUUUACAGUAUUCACCCUGACCUAUGAGAACAUGGACUUGGACCUAGUUUCCUUUCAGAUUUCACUCUACAAUACACACUAAAAUCCUUUUCCACCAGAAUUAGCAUGUAUCAGCAGGUUUUUAAACACAGGUAAACCCUUUAAUAAAAGUUGAUUGACCUUUU